AUGGCCUACACCAAAACUGCAAUUUUAUCAGUCUACGAUAAAACUGGUUUAUUAGACUUAGCCAAAGGUUUAGCUGCUGCCAAUGUCAGAAUCUUAGCUUCUGGUGGUACUGCUAGAUUAGUCCGUGAAGGUGGUUUCCCAGUUGAAGAUGUUUCUUCAAUCACUCAUGCUCCAGAAAUGUUAGGUGGUAGAGUUAAAACCUUACAUCCUGCCGUUCAUGGUGGUAUUUUAGCUAGAAACUUAGAAAGUGAUGAAGCUGAUUUAUCUGCCCAAGGUAUUGAAAAAGUUGACUUUGUGGUUUGUAAUUUAUAUCCAUUUAAAGAAACCAUCUCAAAAGUUGCUGUUACCAUUGAUGAAGCUGUUGAAGAAAUUGAUAUUGGUGGUGUUACCUUAUUAAGAGCUGCUGCCAAAAAUCAUUCUAGAGUUGUCAUUUUAUCCGAUCCAAAUGAUUAUGCUGGUUUCUUACAAGAAUUAAAGACUGGUGAAAUUUCAAGUGAAACUAGAAAUAGAUUUGCUUUAAAAGCUUUUGAACAUACUGCUGAUUAUGAUGUUGCUAUUUCUGAUUUCUUCAGAAAACAAUAUUCAGAAAAUGUUUCUCAAUUACCAUUAAGAUAUGGUGCCAACCCACAUCAAAAACCAGCUCAAGCUUUUGUUUCUCAAGGUGAUUUACCAUUCAAAGUAUUGGCUGGUUCUCCAGGUUAUAUAAAUUUAUUGGAUGCUUUAAAUUCAUGGCCAUUAGUUAAGGAAUUAUCCGCUUCAUUAAACUUACCAGCCGCUGCUUCUUUCAAACAUGUUUCCCCAGCUGGUGUUGCUGUUGGUUUACCAUUAACCGAUGUUGAAAAGAAAAUCUACUUUGUUGAAGAUAUUGAAAACUUAUCUCCUUUAGCCAAUGCUUAUGCCAGAGCUAGAGGUGCCGAUAGAAUGUCUUCUUUUGGUGAUUUCAUUGCUUUAUCUAACAUUGUUGAUGUUCCAACUGCUCAAAUCAUUUCCAAAGAAGUUUCUGAUGGUGUUAUUGCUCCAGGUUAUGAAGAAGAAGCUUUAGCCAUCUUAAAGAAAAAGAAGGGUGGUAAAUAUUGUAUUUUACAAAUUGAUCCAAACUUCAACCCAGAUACUACUGAAUCAAGACAAGUUUAUGGUAUUACUUUACAACAAAAGAGAAAUGAUGCUAUUAUUAAAGGUUCUUCAUUCAAAGAAAUUGUUUCUAAAAACAAAGAUUUAACUGAACAAGGUGUUGUUGAUUUAACUGUUGCUACCAUUGCUUUAAAAUAUACUCAAUCCAAUUCUGUUUGUUACGCUAAAAACGGUAUGGUUAUAGGUUUAGGUGCUGGUCAACAAUCUCGUAUUCAUUGUACUAGAUUAGCUGGUGAUAAAGCUGAUAACUGGUGGUUUAGACAACAUCCAAAUGUUUUAGGAUUCAAAUGGGCUAAAGGUGUUAAGAGACCAGAAAAAUCCAAUGCUAUUGAUUUAUAUGUUACAGGUCAAAUUCCAACCACUGAACCAGAAAAAUCAGAAUAUGAAUCUAAAUUCGCUGUAUUACCAGUUCCAUUAACUGCAACUGAAAGAGAAGAAUGGAUCUCCAAGUUAAAUAAUGUUGCUUUAUCUUCUGAUGCCUUCUUCCCAUUCCCAGAUAAUGUGUACAGAGCCGCCAGAUCAGGGGUUAAAUUCAUCGCUGCUCCAUCUGGUUCAGUUAUGGAUAAAGCUGUCUUUUCAGCUGCUGAUUCUCAUGACAUUGUUUACGUUGAAAAUCCAAUUCGUUUAUUCCAUCAUUAA